UUGUGUAACGGUGAUCAAAUCGAUGCUCACAAUAGUGGCCGGUAGAAAGCAGUUUUGGGAUGGCGUUUCGGGUGUGGUUUGUCCAAAAAUAACAAAAACACCUAUAUGAGAGAAAUGUCUAUGAAAAAAGCGCAAAAACCUCAUAAAUCAGUGAAAAUGACCUGUGAGAAUAAGCUCACUCUCACUUACACCCUGAAGGGCCGUCAACCCGCGGCGUAACAAUACCAUACUACAGUAAUUACCCGUACCGCCCCAAUCCGAAACUUACCGCCCCGGGCAUUUUCUCCCCUUGCCUGCCCGCGCGCUAGUCGCUAGCAGAUCAAACAAAUCCCCCGAUUUCCAAAUUUCCCAUACCAACAACACAUGAACGUCAUACGGACAGCAACCAUUCUACGAGUACCAACGACACGACCGCUCCCGUUUUCACCGCUCCCCCGAUCCCAUAUUCCACCUAUUUCCCCCCGACGAUCCAUCUCCAGUAUCACCACAAUCCUCGCCACCAUGCCAGCAGAAGACCCAACCCUCCUCUCCUCCACAACCGUCCUAACAACCUCGAUAAUAACCUUCAUCUCCGGCUUUUUGUUAGGUGUCUACUCCCUAACCGGCCACCUCAUCCCCCCCUCCCUCCGCCACGAGCGCGAAGCCCAAUGGAAAGAUCCCGUGGAAUCAGAAGAAAGCGACAUUGACGAGGAAGACACAAUCCUCGACCACGCCCCCAACUGGUCCAACGGUUUCGAGGCAGACAAAAAACAAGGAUUGCGCGCCAGCACUUCUCAACCGAUAACCGAGGAGUGCAAGCUUGUGCUGGUGGUGAGGACUGACUUGGGCAUGACGAAGGGGAAAAUUGCUGCUCAGGCUGGCCACGCAACGCUGGCUUGCUACAAGACGUUGAGCAAAGCUGCCUCCAAAGACCCAAACGGAAAGGCGGCACAGAUCCUCAAGGCGUGGGAGCGGCGCGGGCAGGCCAAGAUUGCGGUUCAGGUCAAGAGUGAGGAGGAGCUUUUGUUGCUGCAGGGGACGGCGAGGAGCUUGGGGAUUACGGCUGAGGUGAUUGCCGAUGCGGGGAGGACACAGAUUGAGAGUGGGAGUUUGACUGUUCUUGGUGUUGGGCCCGCGCCAAAGAGCGAGGUGGAUGGUGUUACCGGCGGGCUGAAGCUUUUGUAAGCUUAGGGUGUAAGAGAUGAAAAGGGUGUAUAGACAACAACGGGCAAGCAGGAGUUCCAUGGUUAGUUAGAUUUGGAAAGCAUGGAAAAGCACUGGGCAAUCUCGAAUACAAAAAUGGCAUACAGACGGUUUCCCAGACACAUGCAGC